UCGCUCCACUCCGCUCGGCUCGGCUCGACUCGACAUAGCUCCUCGAGCUUGGACAGAAAUUUCGUCGCGGGGGUCCGAUCUCCUGUGGUCAGAAAAAUAAGAGAAGCUUGGCACCUCAAAGAGACCCUCGGCGAAACGAACGCGAAACACACGCACGUAUAUCGUCGUGUGCGAACCCUUUCGCGAGAUCGUGAGACGAGCAAAUUAAUUACGCAAAUUAAGAGAAGUGAAGUGUUCGAGGUGUCGAGCGCGUGCGCGAGGAACGUCGGCGAACGGUCUGGGUGCCCUUCGAGCAGCAGUGGGUGAUUGUCGGUGUUCCACAACAGUUGAAGUGCGACACCACCAUCGUGGUCAUCGUGGUCAGUCACCGUCUUCGUCGGCGAGACGAAGGAGUCAAGAGCCCCGGUGUGUAGUGACAGGCAGGAAACACCAUGCCGACCAUGCGAGACCGUGCAUGACCGAGCACCGCUUCAGCACUGAUAAGGGUGCCUUGGACACCAAGUGAACACGCGAGUUACGGGCACGCACACUCGCGUACGCGUACACUCGCACGAGCGCGCAGAGGUGACACUGACAGGGGAGGCUCGUCGCGUGGAAGCGCGUCGAAGGGAUGGCCGACAGCGAGGGUGGCUCCGAGCAGGACGACGUAUCAUUCCUUCGUACGGAGGAUAUGGUAUGUCUGUCCUGUACCGCGACAGGAGAAAGGGUUUGCCUAGCAGCCGAGGGUUUCGGUAAUCGACAUUGCUUUCUCGAGAAUAUCGCGGACAAGAAUAUACCGCCGGAUCUGUCGCAAUGCGUGUUCGUGAUAGAGCAGGCUCUCUCGGUGAGAGCCUUGCAGGAGUUAGUCACAGCUGCAGGUUCCGAGACGGGAAAGGGCACCGGGUCAGGGCACAGGACCUUGUUAUACGGUAACGCGAUAUUGUUACGACAUCUAAACAGCGACAUGUAUCUGGCGUGUUUGUCUACAAGUUCAUCGAACGAUAAAUUAGCUUUCGACGUCGGUCUACAACAACAUUCGCACGGUGAAGCAUGUUGGUGGACUGUACACCCUGCCUCCAAGCAGAGAUCCGAGGGUGAGAAAGUGCGUGUAGGUGACGAUCUUAUUCUGGUAUCUGUUGCUACCGAGCGAUACUUGCAUACGACAAAGGAAAACGAUAUAUCAGUGGUUAAUGCAUCUUUUCACGUAACCCAUUGGUCUGUACAACCUUACGGCACCGGUAUCAGCAGAAUGAAAUAUGUUGGUUUUGUUUUUGGGGGCGAUGUAUUACGAUUUUUUCACGGUGGUGACGAGUGUUUAACGAUUCCAUCGACUUGGAGCCCAACACCCAGUCAAAAUCUCGUAAUCUACGAAGGCGGUAGCGUAAUGAGUCAAGCGAGAUCUUUAUGGAGAUUAGAGCUUGCCAGGACAAAAUGGGCAGGUGGUUUUAUUAACUGGUUACAUCCUAUGAGGAUCAGACACUUGACGACUGGACGUUAUCUCGGCGUGAAGGAGAACAACGAGCUCUAUCUGGUCGAUAGGAAUGAGGCGACGAUCGAAACCUCGACAUUUUGGUUACGACAGGAAAAGGACGAUCAAAAGAUUGUUCUUGAGGAUAAAGAUCUGGAAGUAAUCGGAUUACCGAUUAUUAAAUACGGUGACUCUACUGUCAUUAUGCAACAUGCCACCACGUGCCUCUGGGUGUCUUAUAAGUCAUACGAGACGAAAAAGAAGGGAGUUGGAAAAGUUGAAGAGAAGCAGGCAGUACUUCACGAAGAGGGUAAGAUGGACGAUGGUUUAGAUUUCUCCAGAUCUCAAGAAGAAGAAUCUCGCACUGCUCGCGUCAUUAGGAAGUGCAGCAGCUUGUUUACACAAUUUAUCACAGGCCUAGAAACGCUGCAAGUGAAUAGAAGAGCGUCCAUGUUUUUUCAAAACGUAAAUCUUAAUGAGAUGGUAAUGUGUCUCGAAGAUUUGAUUAAUUACUUUGCUCAACCCGAGGAUGACAUGGAACACGAAGAGAAGCAGAACAAAUUUCGAGCUCUUAGAAAUCGUCAAGAUCUCUUUCAAGAGGAAGGCAUACUGAAUCUAAUUUUGGAAGCUAUCGACAAAAUUAACGUAAUCACUUCACAAGGAUUUCUCGUCGCUCUUUCCGGUGAUGAGAGUGGCCAAGCUUGGGACCAGAUAUCUGGAUAUCUUUACCAAUUAUUGGCGGCUAUUAUCAAGGGUAAUCACACCAACUGCGCCCAGUUCGCUAACAGUAAUCGUCUCAACUGGUUAUUCAGUCGAUUAGGCUCACAGGCUUCCAGCGAAGGAACUGGAAUGUUGGACGUACUUCAUUGCGUCCUGAUUGAUUCGCCAGAAGCUUUGAAUAUGAUGAGGGACGAGCACAUAAAAGUAAUUAUUUCUUUAUUAGAGAAACACGGCAGAGAUCCGAAAGUUUUGGAUGUUUUGUGCUCACUAUGCGUCGGUAAUGGCGUUGCAGUGCGUUCUUCACAGAACAAUAUUUCUGACUUUUUAUUGCCCGGAAAUUUGCUUCUUCAGACGCAACUGGUGGAUCACGUAGCCAGUGUUAGACCGAAUAUAUUUGUCGGCAGAGUAGAAGGUUCAGCUCUUUAUCAAAAGUGGUAUUUCGAAGUAACUGUGGAUCAUAUCGAACAGACGACGCAUAUGAUGCCGCACUUGAGAAUCGGAUGGGCAAAUACUGCUGGCUACAUGCCGUAUCCCGGCGGUGGUGAAAAGUGGGGUGGAAACGGCGUUGGCGACGACUUAUAUUCGUUCGGAUUUGACGGCGCUUAUCUAUGGACCGGUGGCAGAAAGACGCAGAUCGUUCAGAACUCUACGGAACCCUAUAUCAGAAAAAGCGACGUAAUUGGCUGCGCCUUAGAUUUAACGGUGCCUGUGAUAACAUUCACUUUCAAUGGCAAUCGUAUCAUGGGCUCUUUCCGUAACUUCAAUUUAGACGGCAUGUUCUUCCCCGCUAUUAGCUGUUCGUCUAAACUGUCCUGCAGAUUUUUACUGGGUGGCGAUCACGGCCGAUUAAAGUACCAGCCGAUGGAGGAAUUCUCGCCGUUAGUAGAGAGUCUCUUGCCGCAGCAGAUCCUUUCAUUGGAUCCGUGUUUCUAUUUUGGCAACAUGAACAAGGUGGUCCUAGCAGGUCCAUGGUUAGUCGAGGACGACACCGCUUUCGUUCCAGCCCCGGUCGACACCUCUAUGGUCAAUUUGCCUUCCUACGUCGAGCAGAUCAGGGACAAACUCGCAGAGAAUAUUCACGAGAUGUGGGCGAUGAACAAGAUCGAGGCCGGUUGGAUUUACGGCGAGGUCAGAGACGACUUAAGAAAAAUACAUCCCUGCAUAGUUCAAUUUGAGCGACUACCGGCUGCAGAAAAGCGCUACGAUACUCAACUGGCCGUGCAAACCCUGAAGACUAUCUUGGCUCUAGGAUAUUACAUCACAAUGGACAAGCCACCGUCUCGAAUUAAAACUUUGAGGCUGCCGAACGAACCGUUUUUGCAAAGCAGCGGAUAUAAACCGGCACCGCUUGAUCUGUCAGCAAUCACGUUGACACCUAAAAUGGAAGAGCUCGUCGACCAACUAGCGGAGAACACACAUAAUCUAUGGGCGAAAGAGAGAAUCAGUCAAGGAUGGACAUACGGAUUAAACGAAGACUCGGAAAUGAGAAGAAGUCCUCAUUUGGUACCAUACCCGAAAGUCGAUGAAGCUAUCAAGAAAGCUAAUCGAGAUACGGCCAGCGAAACCGUCAGAACUUUGUUAGUUUAUGGAUAUAUGCUUGAUCCACCCACUGGAGAACAACACGAGGCAUUACUUUUGGAGGCCAGCAGAUUACGACAACAAUCCUUUAGGACUUAUAGAGUUGAGAAGCAUUAUGCAGUUAGUGGUGGAAAAUGGUAUUUCGAGUUCGAAGUUCUCACAGCUGGACCGAUGCGCGUUGGUUGGGCAAAGGCCGACUGUAUGCCAGGAAGUAUGCUGGGCAGCGAUGAAAGUACUUGGGCAUUCGAUGGUUACAACGUGACUAAAGUACACGCUGGCACCCACGAGUCAUUUGGUCACAAAUAUCAAGUGGGCGACAUAGUCGGAUGUUUCAUUGACGUGGCAGACCGAACGAUCAGCUUCUCCUUAAAUGGAGAACUGCUGAUGGAUGCACUCGGUGGUGAAACUUCUUUCGCCGAUGUGCAAGGCGAUUCUUUCGUGCCCGCAUUCACUCUUGGCGUCGGUCAAAAGGCAAGAUUAACAUUCGGCCAAGAUGUGAAUACGCUGAAAUUUUUCACUACCUGCGGUUUACAAGAGGGCUACGAACCGUUCUGCGUAAACAUGAAUCGUCUAGUCACAUAUUGGUAUACGAAAGAUCAACCUAUCUUCGAGAACACCGACGACAUGGCCGAUACGCGAAUCGACGUGGCUAGGAUACCAGCUGGUUCUGACACACCACCGUGUAUGAAAAUCUCUCACAACACGUUCGAGACUAUGGAGAAAGCUAACUGGGAAUUUCUCAGACUAUCUCUGCCUGUGAUUUGUCAAUCCACCUUCAUAACAGAGGGUGAGAAAUUACGAAGAUGGCAAGAGAUCAAAAUGCGACAGAAUAGACUUUUCGCCGAGCAAAUGGAGCAAGGACAACAAGCUGCACCGUCGGCUCAUUUAGAGCAGAUUAUGAAAUCUGGCUUCAGUAUGAGUGACAUCAAAGGUCUGCAAAGAAAUUACUCGGAAGAUGCAGUCGAGGCGGAUGAGAUGUUAAAGGAAUCGCCGCUUCCUAUGCAAAGAGGCAAACCUGCCAGGCCGCCUAGGAAAGGUUCUCUUUAUGGAUCGCGUAUGGAUACUUUAGACAACGCGGUUAGCGACGCUGAAAUGAAUGGAUAUGGCGAGAUGAAUGGUGACAUAAAAGAUGAGAAGAAGAAACGCGGUCGCUCGCCUUUUCGCAAGCUUAGCAAAGAGAUGGAGGAUGUACCAUUCUUUUCACGCAAAGCGAAAUCUCCGGAUGCAAAAGCAAAAACACCUGAGCCGCAAGUUCGUUCGGAUGUCUCUGACAAAAGUACGAAAACAGUCGGAAGUAAAAGUGCCAAAACUCCUCAAAUUCGUGUUUCAAACACGGACUUAAAAGUCGUGCCACCUCAAAUCCCGGAACGUAACGUUCCUAAAACAAUGUCUGUGUUAACCGGAAGUGGCGUCGAAGCGAUCGGCAAUGAAAUCUUUGAUGCUGACUGCAUGAAACUAAUGAACGAGUAUUUCUACGGCGUCAGAAUAUUCCCUGGUCAGGAUCCGACUCACGUUUACAUUGGCUGGGUUACUUCGCAAUAUCAUUUGCAUACAAAAGACUUCAAUUUGUCUCGCGUGAGAAAAGCCUCCGUUGCCAUCAUGGAUGACUACGACCGUCUCACAGAACAAGUCGACAGACAAAGCUGUUACAUGGUUCGAGCGGAUGAAUUGUAUAACGAAGUUACACAGGAUGCAUCGGGCAAGGGUGCAUCUCAGGGUAUGUUCGUCGGGUGUUUCGUCGACACCGCCACAGGAUGGGUAUCCUUCACCUGCGAAGGCAAGGAAACGAGUCACAAGUUCAAGAUGGAGCCUGAUACAAAACUGUUUCCUGCGAUCUUCGUUGAGGCUACCAGCAAAGAGAUCCUACAGAUCGAGCUUGGCAGAACUUCAACGACACUUCCGCUCUCGGCGGCAGUGCUGCAGAAUUCCGAACGACACGUGAUACCGCAAUUUCCGCCUAGACUGAAAGUGCAAUGCUUGAAACCACAUCAAUGGGCUAGAGUGCCGAAUCAGUCGCUUCAAGUACACGCCUUGAAACUAUCCGACAUCAGAGGCUGGUCGAUGCUUUGCGAAGACGCUAUCUCGAUGCUGGCUCUUCAUAUACCCGAAGAAGAUAGAUGCAUCGAUAUUCUGGAGCUUAUCGAAAUGGAUAAACUGCUCAGUUUCCACGCGCAUACAUUGACGUUGUAUGCAGCUUUGUGCUAUCAGUCUAAUUAUCGAGCAGCGCAUGCUUUGUGCCAAUAUGUUGAUCAGAAACAAUUGUUAUAUGCGAUACGAGCCGAAUAUAUGUCCGGACCCCUACGACAAGGAUUUUACGAUUUACUUAUUGCCUUGCAUCUCGAAUCACAUGCGACAACGAUGGAAGUGUGCAAGAACGAAUACAUAAUUCCGCUUGGUCAAGAAUUGAAAGAGUUAUACGAGAACAGCGAAAUGAGACAUAGUCUCAGAUAUUUAGAGACCGAAUCCAUUCGGCCGCAAAUGAAGAUGACAGAGAUCAGUGAUCAAGCAAUUGAGAACAUAAAGAACCUGUACAGCCCGUAUUUUCCACUUGAUGUCGUGCGAGAUUACGUGAUGAUGGCGCUUAACGAGGCUGUCGAAGUUAAUCAAGUGCACAAUCGAGAUCCGAUCGGAGGCAGCAACGAGAAUCUCUUUUUACCUCUGCUGAAGCUGGUAGAUAGAUUACUCUUGGUAGGCAAGUUGAGAAACGAGGACAUAAGCAAGCUGCUCAUCAUGAUAGAUCCCGAAACCUGGGACCCGACUUUCGAUAAAGAAGGGAAAGAUGAACACAAGAAAGGCUUGUUACAUAUGAAAAUGGCCGAGGGAGCGAAACUACAAAUGUGCUAUCUGCUUCAUCAUUUAAACGACAUUCAACUGCGUCAUCGCGUCGAGUCUAUUAUCUCCUUCGCCUUCGACUUUGUCGGAGAAUUGCAAGCGGAUCAGUUACGACGUUACAUAGAUAUCAAGCAAUCGGAUUUACCAUCAGCUGUCGCUGCCAAGAAGACUAGAGAAUACAGAUGUCCUCCGCGCGAACAAAUGAAUGCCAUUUUGAGCUUUAAGAAUUUAGACGUUGAAGAAGAUCCGGAUAAUAUCCCCUGUGGCGAGGAUCUCAUUGUAAAAAUGAAUGACUUCCAUAGCGAGCUAAUGUCCUACGUGUCUUUAACUGCUCUUCAAGAAGCAGACAAUGCCGCGAACGAGCCAGCCGAGGAAGUUCAAAAACCUGGUGCUAUGAAACGUCUCUUCAACUUUAUCAACGCUGUCAAAGAGCUCGAGGAAGAACCUAAGCCUGAAGCUGAACCUGUGAAAAAGACACCCGAAGAGGUGUUUCGUAAGGUGUUGAUAUCGACCAUCGUGAGUUGGGCCGAGGAAUCACAAAUUGAGACGCCGAAACUUGUGCGAGAAAUGUUCAGCUUAUUAGUCAGACAAUACGAUACAGUUGGCGAGUUGAUCAGGGCUUUGGAAAAGACGUACAUCGUCAACAAUAAGACCAAGGACGAUGUUGCGCUUAUGUGGGUCGGUUUGAGCCAGAUUCGCGCCUUGUUGCCGGUGCAGAUGUCUCAAGAAGAGGAGGCUUUAGUACGAGAAAGACUGUGGAAGCUGGUGAAUAAUCACACAUUCUUCCAGCAUCCCGAUCUCAUCAGAGUGUUGAGAAUUCACGAGAAUGUAAUGGCCAUUAUGAUGAACACCCUGGGAAGACGCGCGCAAGUUCAAUCCGACGCUCAAACUCAAGCUCAAGCAACUGAGGGAGAACCAUCGAAAGAGAAGGACACCUCUCACGAGAUGGUCGUGGCCUGCUGUAGAUUUUUAUGUUAUUUCUGUCGUACAUCUAGACAGAAUCAGAAAGCUAUGUUCGACCACUUUGAUUUUUUGCUAGAGAAUAGCAAUAUCUUGUUGGCAAGACCCUCCUUGCGAGGAUCAACGCCUCUGGAUGUGGCUUAUUCGUCGCUGAUGGAGAACACCGAGUUAGCUUUGGCUUUAAGAGAACAUUAUUUGGAGAAAAUCGCUAUUUAUUUAUCACGAUGCGGCCUGCAGUCUAAUUCGGAAUUAGUGGAAAAAGGUUAUCCCGAUUUGGGUUGGGAUCCUGUCGAGGGUGAACGUUACCUUGAUUUCUUGAGAUUCUGUGUAUGGGUCAAUGAUGAAAGUGUGGAGGAGAAUGCAAACUUGGUAAUUCGUCUACUAAUCAGAAGACCAGAAUGUUUAGGCCCUGCUCUUCGAGGCGAGGGUGAAGGUCUGUUAAGGGCUAUCAUAGAUGCUAACAAGAUGUCCGAACGCAUUGCCGAUAGGCGAAAAGUACACGAUGAAGCCGAAGGGACAGCUAUAAUGAUGCAAUUCGAGCAUCCUCUUCCGGAGUCAGAUGACGACGAAGACUAUAUAGAUACAGGCGCGGCGAUUCUAAAUUUUUAUUGCACUCUCGUCGAUCUAUUAGGCCGUUGUGCUCCAGAUUCUUCUGUCAUAGAGCAAGGAAAGAACGAAUCUCUACGAGCCCGGGCAAUCUUGAGAUCAUUAGUACCCUUGGACGAUCUUCAGGGUGUACUGUCUUUGCGGUUCACGUUAUUGAAUCCCGCUGCCGGUGAGGAACGACCAAAAAGCGAUACACCGUCUGGUUUGAUACCAGGACACAAACAAAGCAUCGUAUUAUUUUUGGAGCGUGUUUACGGUAUCGAAACGCAGGAAUUAUUCUACAAAUUAUUGGAAGAAGCGUUUUUGCCGGAUCUUCGCGCCGCUACUAUGCUCGACAGAAACGACGGAUACGAAUCUGACAUGGCACUCGCUAUGAAUCGUUACAUAGGAAACAGCAUUUUACCAUUGCUAAUUAAGCAUUCGAAAUUUUACAACGAGGCAGACAACUACGCGAGUUUACUCGAUGCUACGUUGCACACGGUCUAUCGACUCAGUAAGAACCGAAUGCUGACGAAGGGGCAGAGAGAAGCUGUUUCGGACUUCCUCGUCGCGUUAACCAGCCAGAUGCAACCGAGCAUGUUGCUGAAAUUAUUGCGAAAACUGACCGUCGACGUGUCAAAUUUGUCCGAGUACACUACCGUUGCUCUCAGAUUAUUAACGCUGCAUUACGACCGUUGCGCGAAAUAUUAUGGCUCUACCGGCUCUGGAGGUCAAGGCACAUACGGUGCAUCGAGCGACGAAGAGAAACGCCUCACGAUGGUUCUCUUCAGUAAUAUUUUUGAUUCUUUAGCCAAGAUGGAUUACGACCCAGAACUUUUCGGAAAAGCUCUGCCAUGCUUAACGGCUAUCGGUUGCGCCUUGCCGCCAGAUUAUUCUUUGUCGAAAAAUUAUGACGACGAGUGGUACGGCAGCAAAACGGCCUCGGCCCAAUCACCCGAUGGACCUUACAAUCCGCAACCGAUAAAUACAUCUAGCGUGGCUCUCAAUAACGAUCUUAAUCAAAUAGUACAAAAAUUCUCCGAACAUUAUCACGACGCUUGGGCCAGUCGUAAAUUAGAAAAUGGUUGGACUUACGGCGACCAAUGGUCAGAUGUGAAUAAAACUCAUCCGAGGUUAAAACCGUAUAAUAUGUUGAGCGAUUACGAGCGAGAACGAUAUAAGGAACCUGUUAGAGAGAGCUUGAAAGCUCUUCUGGCGAUUGGUUGGAGCGUAGAACACGCGGAGGUCGACGUGCCGUCGACUAAUCGCAGUUCUAUGAGAAGGUCUUCCAAAAGUCAAGGCGACUCGGCGAAUCCGUUUAAUUACAACCCUCAUCCGGUGGACAUGACUAAUUUGACACUAAGCAGAGAAAUGCAAAAUAUGGCCGAACGUUUGGCAGAUAAUGCUCACGAUAUUUGGGCGAAGAAGAAGAAAGAAGAACUUAUUACUUGUGGAGGCGGCAUCCAUCCUCAACUAGUACCUUACGACCUGUUGACUGAUAAGGAGAAACGAAAAGAUCGCGAGCGAUCGCAAGAAUUUCUCAAAUAUCUGCAAUAUCAAGGCUAUAAGCUUCACAAACCUAAUCGUGGCGGUGAAACCGAAGUGGCUGGAGCCGCUGCUGCGGUAGAAUUAAGAUUCGCUUACUCGCUCUUGGAGAAAUUAAUUGCUUAUCUGGACAAAGCAACGAUCAACAUGAAGCUCCUGAAACCUUCUGACACAUUUAGUCGACGAAAUAGCUUCAAAACUUGCACAAGAGACAUCAAAUUUUUCAGUAAAGUAGUUCUACCACUGAUAGAGAAAUAUUUCAACACGCAUAGAAAUUAUUUCAUCGCUGUGGCUACCGCCACGAAUAAUGUCGGCGCGGCGUCCUUGAAAGAGAAGGAAAUGGUGGCCGCUCUCUUCUGCAAGCUAGCGAGUCUGCUGAGAUCGAGACUCGCCGCUUUCGGUGCGGAUGUGAGGAUAACAGUUCGUUGUUUACAAGUGCUUGUGAAGAGCAUAGAUGCCAAGAGUCUCGUGAAAAAUUGUCCGGAAUUUAUUAGAACGUCCAUGUUGACUUUCUUCAACAAUACCGCCGACGAUUUGGGCCAUACGAUUCUGAAUCUACAAGAAGGGAAGUACAGUCAUCUCAGAGGCACUCAUUUGAAAACUUCCACAUCAUUAUCGUACGUUAAUAGCGUCGUCUUGCCAGUGCUUACUUCAAUGUUCGACCAUCUUGCCGCGUGCGAGUAUGGUAGUGAUUUGUUACUCGACGAAAUUCAAGUAGCAUCGUACAAAAUGCUGGCGUCUCUAUAUACUCUCGGAAUAGAUGCUAGUUUAACGCACGACCGAAAGUACCUAAAGACUGAGAUCGAGCGACACAAACCGAGUCUGGGUUCUUGUUUGGGUGCCUUCUCAAGUUGUUUCCCGGUAGCUUUCUUAGAACCGCACUUGAAUAAACACAAUCAGUUCUCCCUCUUGAAUCGAAUCGCAGAUCAUUCUCUGGAAGCUCAAGAUAUUAUGACAAAGAUGGAAUCAAGUAUGCCGACCUUGGAGACGAUUCUCAACGAGGUGGAUCAAUUCGUCGAAUCUGAAAAGACUUACAACGACGCUCCUUAUAUCGUCGAUGUGAUUCUACCUUUGUUAUGCUCCUACUUGCCCUUCUGGUGGGCUCAAGGGCCCGAUAACGUGAAUCCAACCGAAGGUACCUACGUCAGUAUGGUCACUAGCGAUCACAUGAAUCAACUGUUAAAGAACGUGCUGAAGCUAAUCAAAAAGAAUAUCGGCAAUGAAAACGCGCCGUGGAUGACGCGUAUCGCCGCUUAUACACAACAAAUUAUCAUCAAUUCGUCUGAGGAAUUGCUGAAGGACCCGUUCUUGCCUCUGGCCGAACGUGUCAGAAAGCGAACGGAUACCAUGUUUCAUAAAGAAGAGUCUCUUCGCGGUUUCAUCAAAUCCUCGGCCGACGAUACAUCACAAGUCGAGGCGCAGAUACAGGAAGAUUGGCAACUAUUGGUUCGCGAUAUUUAUUCGUUCUAUCCUCUGUUAAUAAAGUAUGUCGAUCUUCAGAGGAAUCAUUGGUUGAGAAACAAUAUUCCUGAGGCCGAGGAUCUAUAUAAUCACGUAGCAGCUAUAUUUAACAUCUGGUCCAAGUCGCAAUACUUCUUGCGUGAAGAACAAAACUUUAUAUCUGCGAACGAGAUUGAUAACAUGGUACUCAUUAUGCCUACUGCAACCAGAAGACCUGCUACAGUAUCCGAUGGUAGUGCGCCCUCCGGAGGAGGCAAGAAAAAGAAGAAACAUCGCGACAAAAAAAGAGACAAGGACAAGGAAGUACAAGCAUCCUUGAUGGUUGCGUGUCUAAAACGAUUGCUACCUGUUGGUUUGAAUCUAUUUGCUGGUCGCGAACAGGAGCUGGUACAGCAUUGCAAAGAUAGAUUCUUAAAAAAGAUGGAGGAGAACGAGAUCGCGGAAUUUGCUAAAAUUCAACUGACGUUGCCGGAUAAAAUCGACCCCGCUGACGAGAUGUCCUGGCAGCAUUAUUUGUAUUCUAAAUUGGGCCAGCAGAAAGACGCGACAGAGCCUGUCAAGGCUCAACAACUGGAAGAUGUCGUCGUUCGAAUCACCGAUAUGGCGAAAGUUUUGUACGGUUUACACAUGAUAGAUCAUCCACAACAGCAGAGCAAGGGUCAAUACCGAUCUGUGGUGUCGAUCCAACGUAAACGAGCGGUAAUCGCUUGCUUCCGUCAACUUUCCCUACAUUCCUUGCCCAGGCACCGUGCAAUAAAUAUUUUUGCGCGAACGUAUUAUGAGAUGUGGCUACAAGAAGAAAAUGUAGGUCAAGAAGUAAUGAUCGAGGAUCUUACGCAAUCAUUCGAAGAUGCUGAAUUGAGUAAAAUGGAUAAAGCUGAGGACGAAGGCAAGCCAGAUCCAUUGACACAAUUAGUGACAACAUUCUGUCGCGGUGCGAUGACUGAACGAUCAGGCGCGCUUCAAGAAGAUCCGCUUUAUAUGAGUUACGCGCAUAUUAUUUCCAAGUCUUGCGGAGAGGAAGAGGAAGAGGGUGAAGAGGAAGGCGGUGGCGAGGGUGGCGGUGAAGAAGAAGGGGGAGCUUCGAUCCAUAGGCCCAUGCAUAAACUAAUGGAGCAAGAAAUGGAAAAGCAGAAGCUCUUGUUCCAUCAAGCUCGCCUAGCGAAUCGCGGCGUCGCGGAGAUGGUUCUCUUACACAUAUCAGCAUGCAAGGGCAUUCCCAGUGAGAUGGUCAUGAAAACUCUAGAACUUGGAAUUUCGAUUCUGCGUGGCGGUAAUAUCGAAAUUCAGCGAGGGAUGUUAAAUCAUCUCAAAGAGAAGAAGGACGUCGGUUUCUUCACGUCUAUCGCGGGUCUCAUGAACUCUUGCAGCGUAUUAGAUUUGGACGCUUUCGAGAGGAAUACGAAGGCUGAAGGACUCGGAGUCGGUUCCGAGGGUGCAGCCGGCGAAAAAAAUAUGCACGACGCUGAAUUCACUUGCGCCCUAUUCCGCUUCAUCCAACUCACUUGCGAAGGUCAUAAUCUCGAUUGGCAGAAUUAUCUCAGAACACAGGCUGGUAAUACGACGACAGUAAAUGUUGUCAUUUGCACUGUCGAUUAUCUGCUGCGACUGCAGGAAUCGAUCAUGGAUUUCUACUGGCAUUACUCAAGCAAGGAGCUUAUCGAUCCUGCCGGCAAGGCAAACUUCUUCAAGGCUAUUGGUGUAGCCAGUCAAGUUUUCAACACUCUUACAGAAGUUAUUCAAGGUCCAUGCGCGCAAAAUCAACAAGCUUUGGCACACUCUAGAUUGUGGGACGCGGUCGGAGGUUUUCUUUUCUUAUUCUCGCACAUGCAGGACAAGUUGUCGAAGCAUUCGAGUCAAGUAGAUCUUCUGAAGGAAUUAUUGAAUUUACAAAAAGAUAUGAUUACUAUGAUGCUUUCUAUGCUUGAAGGCAACGUGGUGAACGGGACAAUCGGAAAACAGAUGGUAGAUACCUUGGUCGAAUCGGCAAGUAACGUGGAACUGAUCUUGAAAUACUUCGACAUGUUCUUAAAAUUGAAAGAUCUGACAUCAUCGUCCAGUUUCUUAGAAGUUGAUCUUAACAAUGACGGAUGGGUCUAUCCUAAGGAUUUCAAGGAGAAAAUGGAGCAGCAGAAGAGUUAUACCAGCGAAGAGAUCGAGUUUCUCCUGGCCUGUUGCGAGAUGAAUCACGACGGCAAGAUCGAUUACGUGGCUUUCAUGGAUCGUUUCCACGAACCGGCAAAAGAAAUCGGUUUCAAUCUUGCCGUAUUGCUUACCAAUCUGUCCGAGCAUAUGCCUAACGAACCGAGAUUAGCCCGAUUCCUCGAGACAGCUGGCUCCGUCUUGAAUUAUUUCGAGCCAUUCUUAGGCAGAAUCGAGAUUCUUGGUGGCAACAAGAAAAUCGAGCGUGUGUACUUCGAGAUCAAAGAAUCGAACAUCGAGCAGUGGGAAAAACCACAGAUCAAGGAGUCAAAGAGAAUUUAUUUCUAUAAUACAGUGGUCGAGGCCGGCGAAAAGGAGAAACUCGAGACCUUUAUUAAUUUCUGCGAGGACGCGAUUUUCGAGAUGCAGCACGCGAGUGCGUUGAUGACCGUCGAGGAAAGCGGCGGCAUCGGCAAAGCAAGGGAGUCCUCGUACACGUACAUGACUGAUGAUGACGAAGAAAGAAAUAAGGAUCCGAUCAGACGAGGUAUACAAGCCUUCAAAGACGGCAUCUAUUACUUCUUCUAUAUGUUCUCGCCGACCAAUAUCAACAAGAUCGCCGAAAUGCAACAGAUGACGAUUCCUGAGCUCUUUGUCGGCUUUUUCAAGAUGAUUUUCUACGCGUUCUAUUAUUCCGGUUUUGGCGUUGGCUGUGUAAUCAAGUACUUUAUGAGACUUUUAUUAUCGCUAAUGAGAGGACCACAACUAGAGGAGCCUGUUGUCGUUAAAGAGGAAGAGGAGAAACCAUCAAGACAUUUACCUGCGUUGCCACCGACACCGGAUGAAUCAAAUCUACAGGUGCAAGCCUUCGGAAUGGAUAUAACGAAAGAGGAAGGUGGGCAAAUAAAGAUAGCACCGCAUGAAUCUAGCACUUCUACGCCGCAAUCUAGUAUCGAAGAGACGGGUGAGAGCACACCUGAUGAGGGUGCGGGUGAAGAAGGAGCGACAGCUGAAGGGGGAGAAGGUGAAGCACCUGUCACUUUAGCUGACUUACUUGGCGGCGAACAGGCUCGAGCUCAAGCCGCCGCGGCAGCCGAAGCAGCGGUAGCUCAACAAGCAGCCAUGGCAGCGGUUGAAGCUGAAGCGAAGCAAGAAACCAUAGCCGAACCUUCUGCAGCAUCGAGUAUCGAUUUAUCCCAAUAUGGUCACCGCAUAGUGUCUUUCCUAGCCCGAAAUUUCUACAAUUUAAAAUAUGUCGCGCUGGUUUUGGCCUUCUGCAUUAACUUUAUGCUACUCUUUUACAAGGUUACGUCUUUGGCUGACGAUUCGGAUGAGGAAGAUAAUGGUACAAUAGCGGAUAUAUUAGCGGAAAUAUCGGGUGACGGUCCAUCGGGUUUAGCAGGGAGUGGUGUCGAAAUGGGCAGCGGAAGUGGUGACGAUGGUUCGGAAGAAGAAGACGAUGAGGCUCAGGAAUUCGUGGAAGUGGCUGAGGAUUAUUAUUAUAUGGCUCACGUCAUGAGACUAUUGGCUGCUCUACAUUCUAUCGUUUCACUCGCUAUGCUGGUUGCAUAUUAUCAUUUGAAGGUUCCAUUGGCUAUCUUCAAACGAGAGAAGGAAAUUGCACGACGAGUAGAAUUCGAUGGAUUGUAUAUAGCCGAGAUGCCGGAAGAGGAUGAUAUUAAGGCACAUUGGGACAAAAUGGUAAUAUCUGCAAAAACUUUCCCUGUGAAUUAUUGGGACAAGUUUGUGAAAAAGAAAGUCCGGCAAAAAUAUAGCGAGACAUACGAUUUCGAUUUCAUCAGCAAUUUGCUCGGAAUGGAAAAGACUUCUUUCGGCCAACAGGAAGAUGAAGGCUCCGGCUUGAUACAUUUUAUUAUAAAUAUCGAUUGGAGAUAUCAAAUUUGGAAGGCCGGUGUCACCAUUACGGAUAACGCAUUUUUAUAUAGCUUGUGGUACUUCAUAUUUUCGAUCCUCGGAAACUACAAUAAUUUCUUUUUCGCCGCUCAUCUGUUGGACGUUGCGGUCGGUUUCAAAACUCUGAGAACGAUCUUGCAAUCAGUAACGCAUAACGGCAAACAAUUGGUUUUGACAGUGAUGCUGCUAACAAUUAUAGUAUAUAUCUACACCGUGAUAGCUUUCAAUUUCUUCAGAAAAUUCUAUAUACAAGAGGAAGAUGAUGAAACAGAUAAAAAAUGUCAUCAUAUGUUAACGUGCUUUGUUUUCCAUUUAUACAAAGGCGUAAGAGCUGGCGGUGGUAUAGGCGACGAGAUCGGUGAACCCGAUGGUGACGAUUAUGAGGUUUAUCGUAUAAUGUUCGACAUCACGUUCUUUUUCUUCGUGAUCGUCAUUCUAUUAGCUAUCAUUCAAGGUUUAAUUAUUGACGCAUUUGGCGAGCUUCGAGACCAGCUCGAGAGUGUGAAGACCAAUAUGGAGAGUAUGUGCUUCAUAUGUGGUUUAGGAAAAGAAUAUUUCGAUGCGGUGCCGCAUGGGUUCGAUACUCAUGUUCAGCAGGAGCAUAAUUUAGCAAAUUACAUGUUCUUCCUUAUGCACUUGAUUAACAAACCGGAUACCGAGUAUACCGGUCAAGAAACUUAUGUGUGGAAUAUGUAUCAACAAAGAUGUUGGGACUUUUUCCCGGUGGGUGAUUGCUUCCGUAAGCAGAACGAGACCGUAGAAGAAGAGGCCAAGAAAAAGUAAAAUUAAUCUCGACUUUAAUUAAGAAGUGACCAAUCGAUCGAUCAAUCGAUCUCACUUGUCGAAGAGGACUUUUCUCUCCUCGAACAGCGUCUUCGAUCAUUUUUAGCGUCAAUUCUUGCUCAUCGGACGGAAAUGUAAAGUCGACGUCCGUUAAAAAAAAAAAUCAAAUUUUUAAAAUUCUACGUCUUACCUCAUAUCGACGAGAAGAGAUUUUACCUCGUAAAAACUUGUGUCUCCGUUUUCCAUUUGACAAUUUAUUGUUAUUCCAACUAAUUAGUAGAUUGUGUCUCUCGCGUGUGAAUCUAGUGCAUUAAUUAUGUACUGCGUGUGUAAUAAAAAAGAUGUCUGGACACGGAGAAUUUCGCGCCUGACGUCGAAUCGCGCGCAUAUAAAAUUAGAAAUAUUUUUCCAACUUUGUAAAGAUAACUCGAACGCGCGAUACCACAGAUAAUUUUCUCUUUUAGAUAAUCGAUCAAUCCAAGGUUGAUAAAAGCUCUCGAACGACUUCCUUCGACCGACGGUACAUUAUUGUUGAAUCGGCGGAACCGCCUGCACAAAUUUACAUAUUCAUAGCGCUACAAUUGCCUUCUUUUCAUACGUCUAGAUCUACGAUCUAUACUUGUGCAUAAUUGGUGCGCUGUAUCGAAACGAUAACAAGUUUGAAAUAUAUGAUAUAGUAUAAGUAAGUUAAAGAUAUUCAAAGUUUAUAUAAUGUGCAAAUCUCUUCGAUUGCUAUAUAAGGAUGAAAACUUUUUGGACAUUAUUUAUGACUGAGCUCACAGUAUAUAUAUAUCUGAAAAUGUCAAUAUAUUGUAAAUAAAAACGGCAAGACUAUCUGGUAAUAAAUAACGACCUACUUCUUUA